GCAACAGCCCACUGACCCCAUGACCAGCACCCUCACAUUAUCGCCCUCGGGCGUGCUGCUGUAACCGUGUACUCGGCUGCUGGUGUCUAGUCCAAAAAUAACAGUUCCAAUGGAGAGUAGCACAGUGGUACAAGUAAGGCUCCCCCAAGCCUAUGGUCAAAGGAUGCUUUUUACAGGUCCAGAUGGAAUUGGAGACUACAAGGCAAGAUUGAUCGACUUUCCCCGCUACAUUGGCGUUGGCCCUUUGACACCUGAGGGUACAAGCGAUUUGAAUUACCUGUGCCGGCCUGCUCCCUGCGCCCCACCCCCCAUGCCCAAACAGUGUUGCAUUGGAGGGGUGGGAUGGGGCAUGGAAUAUCACCAGCUGUUGAACAGUAGGACGCUGCUCAGCAAUAUGCAAAUUAAGAGAGCUGAAUUCCGCUCAGCCCUUGAGGACAGAGUCACCCACAGAUAUCAAAACCCAUGGCAAGCACCGCCCCACUUUCUAGAUAAGCAAUCUGUUGGAGCCCGCAGCAAACUCGCAUGGACACACAAGUACGACUGUUAUAUCCAAGAUAACAACAAACAGUUCCUUCUCAACAGGAGAUUAACUCAUUCAGAGAAACGCUGAAGGUGCUUCACAAAUUAGUUCCUUGAAAUAGUUUGGGUGAAGAACGGAUGAUGAUGAUACAAUCAGCUGUGUUGUCCUGAAGACCUGACCAAUUGUCUGAAUAAAUAUCACCUUUUCACCUACUGUAGUGUAUACAAAAGUGAAUCAAACCAUUUUACUCUGUCAGUACUCAAUUACAACUCUCAUUUGUAAUUUGCAUGAUCUAUUUCACUGAAAUGGUUUAGGAGCACUGCAAGUAGGCUACUAUACCACACCCUUACACUGGUGUAUUUUGCAGUUAGUUAUGCAGCAACAUUUACAGUAAAUUAGGAAUCCUUUAAAUUCUCAAACAAGGAUUUGAUGAGAUGAAAAUAUCUCCAAGUUUUGUCUGAAAGGUGAAAGUAAAGCUAAGUAUAAACAAUACACAUUUUUUUGUUAAGUCCAUUGGCUUUACUUUAAAAUCUAAAGUUUUGCCACUUAUCUAAAAGUACUCAUAUGUUUUCUGCUCUGCUAGCUCUACAUGGGGAACUGAGAAUGAAAAUGUCAAUUCACCAAGGAUGCCUCGGACACCAGUAUUGCAUUCCACAGGUCCAGGACCCAGGUCUUUCCUGUCUUGUGUCAUAGAUUCAAACUUUCGAUAACAAGUGUGUGUGAAGAUAAUCCAUCCCCUGAGCAAAAGCAAUUACAUUUGCCAAAGUCAAGCUCCGGUAACUGCUGCUGACUCAGAUUGGGAGAGGAGUUUUUACUGCACCAGAGAUUUCCAAUUGUCAUGUAAUGAGGCACAGCAACAUAUUCUUGUUAGCUCAACUUCAAUUUGGUGUUAAUCUUGCCUCCCUUUAAUAUCUGACCCUAUCUAAGACCUCUUGUGGCAAUACAGAAAUUACUUUUUUUUUAAAUCUAUUUUUCUACAGUGAUUUUUCUAUCAAUACAUGGCCAACUUACUAUCUUCCUCUUCGGCACAUCCAGAAGAGGACUGGCCAUCCCCCAUAGCCUGGUUCCUCUAGGUUUCUUCCUAGG